AUGCCUGGCAACGAGCCAGCGCCCGUUACAGAGGCCAACCUGGCCAAGAUGAAUGGUGAAAUCUAUAUUGAAGAGUCCAAGGAAAAAGGGAAUUCGAGUCCCCCAGUUUCUGCCAAAACGAGUAUGUCGCUUUCUCAACGAGCUAUGGACUCCAUGUCAUCAAUGGUCGUGCGGUCCAUCAUCGCUGUCAACGACGAGCCCAUCAGGCUUCCAACGAAAAAUCGAAAAGCACCGCUCUCUGUUGCAACAACAGCCGUCAACUUCCGAGGGUUUGUGCAAAAGUCGGGUCCACUGUUUGUGUUCCAAGAUGCUGUGGAAUCCACCCUCAUGUGGGAUGAUUGGCCAUGGACGACACUAUGGAUGGGCAUUUGGGCCGUCGUAUCAUUACACCCGCGUCUUUUUCUCUGUGUUCCGCCUGCCAUCGCUCUCACUAUUAUGUGCAAUACAUUUUUCAUACGCUUUCCCUUGACUCACGAAGACCGCAACAAGGCACCAUGCGAUGCCUUGCGCGCUUCCUUUAAUGUUCCAGACAUGCUGCGCGAUGAGCCAAAAGCUCCUCCCAUUGAGCCUCGACCUGUUAAAGAAGGUGAGCUCAAGUAUUUCAUGCAUAUGCGGGACAUCCAGAACAUGAUGCGACUUAUCAUUGACGGUUAUGACAGUAUUUCACCGGUCGUCAAAUAUCUUAACUGGUCUGAUGUGCCACGCACACUUCGCAUAUUUCAAAUAUGUAUUGUUGCAUUAAUAGCAGCAUACUUUGUCGCACCUUUGAUUCCAUGGCGUCUUGCUGCCUUCUUUGGAGGUGAGCUGGUUCUUGUCGCGCAUCACCCAUGGCUAAAGCCCGCUAUGGAAGCUGUGAAGAAGCAAUCCAGAGAUUCACCUAGCCGCUUCAAGUCAGCACAGCGUCAGCAUCGUUUGAAGCAGCGCCUCAUUGAUAUGCUAGAUGAAGACCGAUUGCCCGAGUUUGUGUGGCAGCGCGGAUGGAAAGAUGUGGAAAUGUUUGAAAACCAACGCUAUCAACCUGGUCGCCGAAGUAUUUCGAAUGAUUUAAACUGGUCUCCACGCCAUCUUCGGGCAGACGAACGUCGGCCAUGGACCCGGGGUAUCGACGGUUAUUCUGUCGAUAUCACGGCUCCGACUGACUUCCCACUUCGUGCUGAUGACGUAGACUAUCAGCUCGAUGAGGGGUAUGAAUGGAUCGAGGGAGAAAAUUGGAGAAUUGACUGGGGUGGGGCUUGGAGCUCCGUGGGUGUGGAUGAUCAUGGCUACGUGUACACGGACGCAUCGUGGUGCCAUCCAGCACCCUAUGCCUAUGGAACUGAUGAAUCUGCGCCCAAGUCACCAUUUUAUUGGUCACAGGAUGAAGAUGACAAUCAAUCUACCGACAUGGACUCUGACAUAAGUGCUCUAGCCGUUACACGACGCCGACGCUGGCUUCGCCGUGCAGUGCGUGUGAAAAACCCUGGGUCAUCGAAAUGUGGAGUGACACCGAAGGGGACUUGA